CUCCUUUCCCCAGUUCAACGAUGAAUUCAAAGGUUACGCUGGGCUCUUUCAGCCCAUACAACCGUAUUGCAGGGUACAUGCGAAGAGCAUUGCCCGGGAAGCUCCCUAGAUAUGUCCAGAUUUUGAAGCAGGCUAACGCUAAAUCUGAUUCUCAAGAAGACCAGUCAAAAAGUCGAAAAGAUGUUGUUGUUGAAGUCCCAGGUGUUGUGCAGAAUUGGAACUGGAAAAACUUUAAAGAUCUGGUGUUGUUGGAUAUGAAAUAUAAAGAUGCUAAGUUCUAUUUCAAGCCAGUUGAUGGCUUGACAGUUCCAAAAGUUAUGUCACGGGUUGCCCUUGAAAGACUGUUGAAUAAUCAAAUAUCUGAACAUUAUGUCUCUGAUGAAGCUUCCAAAAAUGAUGAUUAUAUAAAGAGGUUCCCUGCAGAAGACACCCAAAUUUAUUAUCUCCAAACAGUUAUUGGUGAAAGCAGUGGAACUGAAGUUGAAAAACCAAAAGAUACACAAGUUCCAUUUGAAUCGGCAAUAGGACCAACAAAGUUUAACAUCUCAAGUAUAGUCAUUUUUCAAAAUACUAAAGCACUUGGUAUAACGGAAAAUCAUCCAAAUUUCCAAGAAUUGAUUGAAACUAAAGUUAAUUUACCAAUAAUUGGUGAAGUUCCAUUCAUAAAGGUUGAUAAAGAACAAUUAGAACUAGAAGAUGAUGAAAUUAUUACUGCCAUUACACCAUCAUAUGUUUUAUCACACCAAGUUUAUUUUCCAAAUGCUAAACCUGCUGAAGUCAACAAAUUCCGGAAUUUCAUAACCAAUGAUAAAGUUGAUGCUCACACUUUGGGUGCUUUAAUUGCCCGUGAGUUUGGAUUGGAGAAAGUUGAGCUAAGUACUGUUCCAUAUAUUGUUUCAAAACAUUUUGCUGAAAAACGCACACCACUAACAGGGGUUCACCAAGGUAAAGAAAGAUUUUUACCAUAUUAUGAAACACAUGAAAUAAUAGCUCAAGGGCCAUUGGGAAAACCUUUAGACAAUCCAAAUUUGUGGUUUACAAACAUUACUCAAGCUGGUUGGAGAAGAGUGGAACAUCAGAGAUCUGGUACUGCACAGUACAACAUUGAAAAUCUAACAUAUAUUCAACUUGGAAAAUUAUUACACGAAGGAAAAACUUUGAAUAAAAUGAACAAUAAAAAAGAACAACUUAUGCAUUAUGAUAAAUUUUCCACUGAUAUGUUUAGAGGGUUAAUUUUAUCUCAGAAAGAUAUAUCAGAUGUUGAGAUUGAUGCUGAAUUUCAAGUUAUUGAUUUGCUCUCCAAUGUUUUGAAUUAUCAUUUAAUUACAAAUAAAUCAAGACUUAAUGAUGGAAUUGAUGGAUUCCAUCCUAGAGUUUCUGAUAUCUAUGAAGGUGAUAAGGCAUUAUUAUUAAAACCAUGGGAUCGUGUUAUCAUUGACCGUUUCUACAAAAUUGAAAAUAAGAAGGAUGUUGAUGACUUUAUCAAAAAUUUUGCUAUUUAUCAAAUGAUGGUUCAUUCAGAAGGUGAUUCUGAUAAGAAUAGAUGGAAGUUUGUCUUUGAAAUAACUUCAAAUUUAUUGAUUAGGUUUUUAAAUGAUCAUGGUAAGGCUUAUUAUCCAUCAAUUUCUGAUUAUUUCUUGAAAGCUCUUGGAUAUACAAAGGAAUACAAGACAAAUAUCUUACCAGGGGAAACCACAAAUUCAUGGACAAAUUAUAUCGAAUACCCAAUUGAAUCAGUUGGUAAUACUGCAUUGAAUGAUGAAUUGUUUAGUGUUGCCGAACAUAUUUUUUCAGUGGUAAGAAUUGGUCCUUUCUACAAGACAGAUAAGGUUAUUUUAACGGAUAACAAAAUCAUUUUAGAGAAUAAAGCAUUGUUGGAAAGUAUAAAUCCAGAAGGUGAAUUAAUUUUCAAUGAACUUGAUAAAGAUUUCAAAUUGAAUCAUUUUAUUGAUAAAAUUUGCGAAAUUCAACCACAAGAUAAAAGAAAUGAUAGACAAGAACCAAGAUCAAAUUCAAACUCACAGAUUAUUUUCUAUAGAAAUUAUUUCAGAGGUGAUGUUUUACCUGAAUUUAUUUUCAAGAAAUUAAAUUAUCUAAAAUUCAGAGUUUCUCCUGAGAUUAAAACAGAUUAUUUGAGAAAAGAUUUAUUAGUUAAAUUAUUGACAGAUUUGAAAAGAAAUUUGAGUACUCGUGAAGCAGAUCAAGUGAAUUAUCCAUUAACUAGGAUUGAAAGAGAUAGAUUAUACUCAUUCUUAAAAUAUUUUGUUGAUAACUUGCCAGAAAAAUUCUUCAGUCAUCCUUUAAUCUUAAGAAUUACACCUGACAAGUUUAACAAAACUGAUACAGAUGCCAAAUAUGCUAGUAUGUCAAAUCGUAUUUCUGGGGCUCUUGAGAACUAUGAAAGGAGUGAAGCUAGAUUAGAUGAUAUCAUCAUGGAUUUCCUACAGAGACACAAUCAAAAAUAGGUUAUAAUCAAUUCGUGUUUUUAUUCAUUAGCUCAUUAAAUUCUUGUAUAUAAUCUUAAUUCAUGACUUUAUGUUGUCUUUGUUGUUUGUAGUACUUUGUGAUAUUAUCAUUUAGAUUUAAAAAGUUUUGUAGCAAGUUGAUAGAUCUUAUAAGUAGUUCAUUAUAUUUCAACUCAAG